UUCAGUGUUUUUGAUUUGAAUGUAAAAAGCGCACGCUCGCCCAGUCGCUGUCCAGUCGUUGUCCAGUAAAGUCCAGCGGAGCAGCAGCAGCGGCAGAUCGGUCGCAACAGCAGCAUCAGCAGCAAUUCGCCCAACAGUGAUGUAGAAACCAUAAAACCGUAUAACGAUGGUCAAACAGUGUGUGCGUGUGUAAAACAAUAACUAAAAACAUAAAAGCAAAAAAAAAAACGAAACGAAACGAAAAGAACAAGGAUAGUGCGUAAAAAGUGAUAAAUCGUAUGCCAAAGUCGAGAGAAUCUCUGUAAAUUAGUCAAGUUUCCUUAUAACAAACGGAAGAUAAACGCGCAUCUAGCACCUGUUAAAGCGAAUUUUAGCACAAUGGAUUACCUCACAAUGUUCUACGAUGGCUGGCGGGAUCUGAUGGACAACAAAUCGGAUCCGCGAACACGAGACUACCCGCUCAUGAGCUCGCCGUUCCCCACGAUAGCCAUCAGUCUGACAUACGCGUACAUCGUAAAGGUACUCGGACCCAAGCUCAUGGAAAACAGAAAGCCUUUCGAGCUCCGCAAAGUCUUGAUCGUUUACAAUGCAGCGCAGGUUAUCUUCAGUGCCUGGCUUUUUUACGAGUCCUGCAUAGGUGGAUGGCUCAACGGCUAUAACUUGCGAUGCGAGCCCGUUAAUUAUUCCUACUCGCCCAAAGCGAUUCGUACCGCUGAGGGCUGCUGGUGGUACUACUUCUCCAAGUUCACCGAGUUCUUCGACACCUUCUUCUUUGUGAUGCGUAAGCGUUACGAUCAAGUGUCCACGUUGCACGUGAUCCACCACGGCAUCAUGCCCGUCUCCGUCUGGUGGGGCGUCAAGUUCACUCCCGGUGGCCACUCGACCUUCUUUGGCUUCCUGAACACCUUCGUGCACAUCUUCAUGUACGCCUACUACAUGCUGGCCGCCAUGGGACCCAAGGUGCAGAAGUACCUGUGGUGGAAGAAGUACCUGACGGUGAUGCAGAUGAUCCAGUUCGUCCUGGUUAUGGUGCACUCCUUCCAGCUGUUCUUCAAGAACGACUGCAACUACCCCAUCGGCUUCGCCUACUUCAUCGGAGCCCAUGCGGUUAUGUUCUACUUCCUGUUCUCAAACUUCUACAAGCGUGCCUAUGUGAAGCGCGAUGGAAAGGACAAAGCGGCGGUGAAGGCGAACGGACAUGCCAACGGACACGUGAAGGCGCUCAAGGAUGGCGAUGUGGCGCCAACCAGCAACGGCCAGGCUAACGGCUUCCACAACACCUUCUCCAAGUUCACCACGGAUAUGUGCAAUCCGGCCCUGAACUCCUCGACGAGACAGCGCGUGCCCGUGAACGCCGGCAACAAGUGAGCGCCGCCAGCCAACCAGCCAGCCAGCCAAACAUGAAACACACAUAAGCAUAAAUUAAUUACGCUACCAAUUAAAAA